AUGGUCCCAAUAUUGACAGUGCACAAGACCACAACCUACUACACCACGCCGCCAGUCGCUAGCCGAAGGCUCCGAGCGCGGCCAUAUCCGCGCUGGAAAAAUUUCGACGAGCUUUUCCUCAGCCGCCGGUAAGGUUUAGCAGAAUUUCAUUCUUGAUUCCGAGUACUCUUACCUAGGCCUAUCCACCCACAACGUCUCAAUUCUCAACUCGUUGUCGAGCGGAGACCAUGCCCUAGUGAAAAGUCAUAUCUUCUGCGGCGCCUUCGCUGCUGUUUUCUCUGGACCUCUAUUUUUUUAUACAUUAAGAAUAACUGCCGAGACAAACGCGAGACGCUGGCGGUACGUUGA